UACACGGGGCAGACAUGGCGCUGUUCGUGAGAGCGCGAGAACUUUUCAGGAUCAGCGCACGAGCGCUGUGUUCUUCUGGAGUGCAGCUUCGCGUCCUGCCGAGCAGCAGCUGCUUCUUCGAUGAAGCGGUUCAGAUUAAACUGAGCGGUUUGCCUCCUGGGAGACACGUGGAGCUCCGCGCCAAACACCAGGACGACAAAGGCGUUGUUUUCCGGGCCGCCGCUACGUACCAGGCAGACGCGCGAGGGGAAGUGGAUGUGAGCCGCCAGCCGUCCACGGGAGGCUCCUACACGGGGGUGGAGCCGAUGGGUUUGUUCUGGUCCAUGCUGCCAGAAAGUCCUCACAAGAAGCUGCUGAAGAGAGACGCGUCCAGUCCUGUCCUCGUCCACAUCGAGGCGCACGGAGACGGACAGGUCCUCACUCAGGGGACCAACGAGAGACGCUUCAUGGCUGAUGGAGUGAAGAGGGUCCCUGUAAGAGACGGCAGGUUACGGGGAACUCUCUUCAUCCCGCCUGGUGAAGGUCCGUUCCCUGGAAUUAUAGAUCUGUAUACGUUAGGAGGCACCGUGUGUGAGCCGCGAGCAGCUCUACUGGCGAACAAAGGCUUCGUGGUGUUUGCUCUGGCUUUCUACGGCUACCAGGACAUGCCUAAAACCGUGAACACGCUCGAUCUGGAGUACUUCGAGGAAGGUCUAAAAUUCCUGCAGAUGCAGGACAAGGUGAAAAAAAUCGGAAUGGGAAUAUUGUCCAUCUCAAAAAGUGGAGACCUGGCUUUGUCGAUGGCUUCCUUCCUUCCAAACAUAUCAGCCACUGUCUGCAUCAACACCUGCACUGCCAACGUCAUGUUCCCCCUCCAUUAUAAAGACAUGGUGAUCCCUGGUUUCGUCGGCAGUAAAAAGAGAAUAACGGUAACCGAAUCCGGCAUCCUGGAUAUCAGAGAUAUCCUGAACGACCCGAUGAAAGAGGAGAAGACCCGUGCGACGGUCAUCCCUAUCGAGCGUGCCGGCUGCAAGUUCCUGUUCUUAGUGUCGGGAGACGACAGGAACUGGAACAGCGCUUUUUUUGCGGCACAGGCUUGCAGCAGACUCGAAGCGCACGGAAAAGCCAACUACGACAUGGUGAGUUACCCGAAAGCAGGGCACUUUUUGGAAGUCCCCUUCAUGCCCCAUUGCCCGUCCGGGCUCCAUGCCGCCGUGGAUCAAGUGGUCGUGUUCGGAGGAGAACCGAAAGCUCAUGCACAUGCACAGGUCGAUGCUUGGAGUAGAGUUCAAGAGUUUUUCAGAAACCACUUGUGAGAGCAGCGUCAUUUAAAAUCCGUAACAAAAUGAGAUGAUUAGAGUCUAUUAGGGAAUAACCCGCUCCAUAUCUGUGCUAUUUUAGGAGAAUUAUUAGUGGAGGGAUGGUGUGAUGCAGCACAGCAUUAUUGUCUUCCAGAUGUUGAUUAUUUACCUCAAUCACAAAAAUGCCAAUCGACACCUCAUAACUAAUGGGAAUGGAGAAUACUACUAAAAGAUCGAGUUUAUGGUUACUAGACUUUGUGCAUUAAUUUUUUGUGCAUUAACGCCUAACGAACAAUAUGUUAAAAUAAUGUUUUGUCUUUUAUCUGAAGUGUUUUGUGUGGGUUUUUUUAUGUUUUAAUAAAGAAAAACAGUAAAUUAUCUGAUGUUUUAUGUAGCACCACAGCCUUAGAAGAAUGCUGUCUUGUUUCUCUGCGUACUGUACUGUACUGUAUAUAGUUAGAACAACAAUAAAAGCCACUUCGACUUGA